GAUGGGAGGAUGUUACACAUUGGCUGGGUGUAGAGGAAGGGUGUGGAGUGGGCGAGUUUAGAGGAGUGACCAGCAGGGAUACUGAGAUGCAAUGUGUGUGAGCCUAAGGAAUUGAGGCUAAAUAGUCAGAGCCUAAAGUGUUAAGAACGCGUUUCCGGCCUAGGGUCUGCACUGUGUGGAGUCGCGUGGUGCAGACUUGCCUGCAGAGCACACGGCCGGGGUCUCGCGGGACCCGUGAACCCCCAAAGCUACAGGUGCCAGGCGGGGCGUCCUGGGAGAGUCAGCAGCGCCGCGGCGGGAACAGCAGCCUGGCGGCCCUGGAACCUUCCAGGGCUCACUGAUCACCCAGACCAGCUCACCUAUGGAGCAGAACAAAGAGACCUGGAAGAUGGAGAGACAGGAGGCAGUAGCUAAGGAUCCAGCCUUCAGACGAAGAUGUAGAACUCUCAGCUACUCGUGCACCAUGCCUGCCUGGAUCCUGACAUGCUCCCAACUUCAUGAUAGUGGACAGAAACUUUGAACCUGACCACAAGCCAGCUAUUCAUUAUUCUUCAAAGAGAAAAUCAAAGAAGAGACCCAGAAAGAAAUGGCUGGUUCUCCAUUAAUCAUGUCACAGCGUCUGUUGACAUUUGGGGAUGUGGCUGUGGAAUUCCCCCAGGAGGAGUGGGAAUGCCUGGACUCUGCUCAGAGGGCUUUGUACAUUGAUGUGAUGUUGGAGAAUUACAGUAACCUGGUCUCUGUGGAGAACUACUGCAUAAGUGAUACUGUCCAUCAACAUGUGAAGACUGAAAAGGAGUCUUGUCAGGGUAAUGAGCUUGGUGAAAUGCUUCAUGAACCCACCAACUGUGCACUUUAUAUAAGACGUGACACUAUAGAAACCUCUAAUAACUACAGAUGCUCUAAGGACAGGGAUGGCUCUGUUGACUUGUUAAAUCAAGAUAGACAUAAAAGCACACACACUGGCGAAGAACUUUGCAAAUCUGAAGACUGUGAGAAAUCUUUAAGUUUGUCUUCCAACCUUACUGAAAAUCAGAGACUCUAUGCUGCAAACAAACUGCAAAGUCAGGGAGAAUAUGAUGAUGAUUUCAGCUCUGUGUACAGUCUCAUGCAACAAACAAUCUACAUUGGAGAUACACCACACCAAUGUGAGAAAUGCAGGAAAUGCUUCAGUACCGCUUCAAGCUUAACUGUACACAAGAGAAUUCAUACUGGAAAGAAACCCUACAAGUGCAGUGUUUGUGGCAAAUCCUUUACCCAGUGCACAAAUCUUAAAACACAUCAAAGACUUCAUACUGGGGAGAAGCCUUACAAAUGCAAAGAGUGUGGAAAAUCAUUUCCUCAGUUGUCAGCACUUAAAAGCCAUCAGAAAAUUCAUACUGGAGAGAGACCUUACAAAUGUAAGGAGUGUGACAAAUCCUUUGCCCACUGUUCCAGUUUCAGGAGACAUCAGAAAACCCAUAGGGCUGAGGAACAUUGUAGUUGUCCAGAGUGUGGCAAAGUCUUACAUCAGCUUUCACACCUUAGAAGCCAUUACAGACUCCAUACUGGAGAGAAGCCCUACAAAUGCAAUGAGUGUGACAGAUCAUUUACCUACUAUGCAUCAUAUAGAAGGCAUCAGAAAACUCAUUCUCUAGAUAAAUUUUACAAAUGCAAAGAAUGUGGUAAGUCCUUUCUUGAAUUAUCACAUCUUAAAAGGCAUUAUAGAAUUCAUACUGGUGAAAAGCCUUACAAAUGUGAGGUGUGUGAUAAAUCUUUUACUGUUAAUUCUACUCUUAAAACACAUCUGAAAAUUCAUACUGGAGAGAAACCUUUUAAAUGUAGGGAAUGUGAUAAAUCUUUUACCAAGUGCUCACAUCUUCGAAGACAUCAGAGUGUUCAUACUGGUGAGAAACCUUAUAGAUGUAAGGAAUGUGACAAAUCUUUUACUGAGUGUUCAACUCUUAGAGCCCAUCAGAAAAUCCAUACUGGUGAGAAACCUUACAAAUGUAGAGAAUGUGACAAAUCCUUUAUCCAGCGUUCAAAUCUUAUAAUACAUCAGAGAGUUCAUACGGGAGAGAGACCUUACAUAUGUAAGGAAUGUGGCAAAUCUUUUACUAAGUGUUCAACUCUUCAAAUACAUCAGAAAAUUCAUACUGGAGAGAAACCUUACAAAUGUAUGGAAUGCAACAAAUCCUUUACCCAGGACUCACAUCUUAGAACACAUCAGAGAGUUCAUACUGGAGAGAGACCUUACAUAUGUAAGGAAUGUGGCAAAUCUUUUACUCGAUGCUCAUAUCUUAGAGCACAUCAGAAAAUUCAUACUGGAGAGAAACCUUACAAAUGCAAAGACUGUGACAUAUCCUUUAUCCAGAUUUCAAAUCUGAGAAGACAUCAGAGAGUUCAUACUGGAGAAAAAAAUACCAUUGCAACUAUUGUGACAUAGCAUUUAUUUGGUGUUCCCUGCUUAAAAAUCACAACAGUAUAAAUAAUAGAAACAUAAAAAUAACAGGCUUUUGAAAGCCUUUAGUUAAGGUUUAAAUUUAAAAAAAAAAUAAAAGUUUAUAUUAACAUGAAAUUCUGUAAUUAUAACUGUGGAAAAAGCUUUUUAUUUAUUUUUUUAAUGUGUAUGUUUGCCAGGCCUGGAAGUAUUCUCUGUGCACUACAUGUAUGCCUGGUGUGGGUAGAAGCCAGAAGAGAGCAUCAGAUCCCCUGAAGUUGGCAGUACACCUAGUUCUGUGUAGCUAUUUAUAUGUUGGGAAUUGGACCUGUUCUCUGUAAGAGCAACCAGUGCUCUUAACCACUGACUUUUCUCUCCCAUCCCUGGAAAGAACUAUAACAAAAAUACUUAUGUAACAUCUAACCAUUCAUAAUAAUGCCAGGCAAGAUGGUGUAUGACUUUAAUUGUAGCACUUAGAAGACACAGACAAGCAGAUCACUGAGUCUGGGUUCAUCCUGGUCUACAUAGUGACUUUCAGGACUGCCAGGAUUAUAUAGACCCUGUCUCAAAAAAAUUAAAAAUAAAAAUAAAAAAAUGGUAAAUAUGAAUAACAUAUGAUAACAUUAGCAAUUAGCAAACAUGUAUGUAAUUAAAGUGUAUAUCACAAAGUUCAUAGUUCUGAGAAACUAUGUUAAAGUAUAUUUUAUAUAAUUCCCAUGUCUCUUUGGAAAUUACAUCUCACACAAAUAUUUUGAAUUGCACAAAUGCUUUACAAAAUAGUGCUAAAAUUGCAGAGAUUAAAGAAAAUUCAUCAUGAAGGAAAAUGUUUUAAUUCUCAUCUUUCAUUCACUUACAAAAUCUUCAUAAUAGAGUUAACCCUUACAAAUAUCAAGAAAGAGGCAAACUGUAAUGAGAUAGGCUGUGCAUGUGAUAGCUGGAAUGCUGACAUACAGCUUAGAAAUACCUCAAAGGCUAAGGAUGCGAUGAUGCCACACCAUCCAUCGCAAUGCUCUGUACAUAGAGGUAGGUGCAUCUGUAUGAGUUCACACAUCUUGGAUAGUGAAUUGGUACUUUAGGGUACAUGGUUCAAGGGCAAGACCAUGACAUCAUUUCUCUUCCAGCAGCCUGUACUAGACCUUGUAAUGCUACAAAAGCUAGCCAGUUCGGAGAGUUUCUUGGUAAGUUCAAGAUUGUUCUCUGUCUCGAAACCAACGUGUUUGAUGUCAUCAAUAGCACCAUGUGCUUAGGACGGCCAUGCAAGAGAACUGACAAUGACCUGUUUUGUUUGGGGUGCUUCUGUGACCCCCCCCCCCUUGAGGAGUAAGUCCUAAGCAGAUAGAAAUAUCUGGUACAGAGAGCUCCAUUUAAUAGCCCUGGCAUCUGGCAGUAGCAUUAUUUAACUAAGUGUGACACAGCAGCUCAAUGGCUUUAAAAUCAUAUUUCCUAUAUAACCUGUAAGAUAGUGGCGUUUCAUAAGGCUUUUUCAUAAAGCCUUACUUUGGAUAACCCACCCACUCUUCUUUCUUCCUGUCCUCAUCUCCAGUUAAACACAUUACACAUUGUCCAAUGCCCCAAUCUUUUAUAGCACAUGUGUCCUGCUCUCCCCUUUGAUUACAUGUUUUUACAUGGGAUGCGAAACAGUAAGGUUCCAUGUAGUUAUUCAUGGAUCUCUCAUUUGAGUGGAGCUUUAGCAGCCCCCUUUCUUCCCCAUCACUCCACUAUAUGUUUAAGUCAUUAUGUACCCAGUGUUCCCACUCUAUUUUCACAUCACCUAUAUUCUAAUAUCCACCCUCUCUUCCUGAAUCCCUCUACGACAGGUGCAUUUCUAGCAUCUUGGCCUCCACAUGAAGUCUCACUAGGACACACAAAACAAAAGUUUGAAGCUACGAUGCACAUGAGUGGAAAUGUGAUGUUUGCCUGCUGGGACUAGGCAGCAGCACUCAUCAUAAUUUUCAGAAAUGUACUUUUGCUUCCAGAUUUCCCAGUUUCAUUUUAUUAACACCUGAGUAAUACACCUUUGUACCUAAGUAUCACAGUUUUAUUUAUGCAUGUGUCAGUUGAAAGACAUCUGAGUUGAUUCCAUUGCCUAGAUACUGUGAAUAAAGGUACAAUGAACAUGAUGGGCAAGUGCUCCUUGGUAAAGAUGGAGAGUCCUUGGAGGUUGUGCCCAGAAGUGAUUGUUAUGCAUCAGCUUCUACUGAGAUUAAACCUUCCAAUUUGGAAGAAGUUCCUUAAAAUAUAGGAUAUUAAAACAGAGGUAAAUAAAUGGAUGUUCUUAUGGGAGAUGAUACAUUCUAUCCUACAAAAAAUCACCAGAAACUAAAGGUGAUAAAGAUGACUUAACAGCUUUAGGAAGUCCCCAAAACUGGCAAAAUUCACCAGUGCCCUCCUGCCUCAAGCAUAUAUAAUCAGUAUGGACUCUGACACUAUCAGACAAAAUGAGCUUCGCAGAACAUGUUCAGACCAGCCAUCAAGCAGAUCCCAGCCAGUCAAGUUGCCUGAAUCAGACAAAACAGGUCAAGCUGUCUGGAGGAUGUAGUGAGUGGCCUCAAAGACAAACCUCCCACCUCAGGUGAGCUGCCUGCAAGCUAUGCAGUGGUCCCCGGGUUUGCAGCUUCAUUAGCCACCACCCUCACAGGGUGAAGCAACUGUUACUCGGUCCUUUUUGUUUCUAUCAGUAGCUACUCACCCACACUCUUGUAAGUCACACAUUAUACUAACUGGUCCGCUGACAUUUAGAGAUGACUCAGUGGUUAAGAGCACUGUCUGCUUUUUCAGAAGACUCACUCUGAGUUCUCAGCACCCUCACAUGGGCACUCAAUCUGUAACCUUAACUCCAGGGCAUCCAGUGCCCUCUUCUGGACUCUGUGAGCACCAGGAACACACAUAGUUCGCCAAAAUACAUGCAGAUGAAACAUCAAUAGAAAGAAACCACAUUGGUGCCCCAAGUUGAACUCUGUUGGUUCCCAACAUUGAUUUGUCAUUGAUUCCUCAUCUGGGAUAAGUAUAUGUGUGUGUUUGUUUCCACAGGAAUAGUGCCACAUGUUAGUUAUGUCCUGUGACACCCAGACUUCUUUCUUUGUUUGAGAAUAUAUACACUGAUUUUCAGAGUGGAUUCUCUAGUUCUCACUCCCCAGCAGUAUUGGCCUCCUUCCCACAUGUGUAUGCCAAGAGUCGUUAACAUUCCUGAUGAUGGACACUGUAAUUAGGGGAGCAUGUUAGCUUAAAGAAAUCCUUGUCUGAAUUCCACUGAUAAUUUUACAAACUUUUUUAUUUUUGUCUGGGUUUCUUGUGUUUGUUUUACUUCUGUUCUGUUUUUUUUUUUGUACUGUAAAAUUUUAUAAUAAUAGUGUAACUACAUCAUGCUUCAUUUCCUUUUCCUACUGCCAAAUUCUUGCAUAUAUUCUUUCCUGCUCUCUUUUAAAUUCGUGCCUUGUCAUUUCAUUAUUAUUGUAUGUAUAAUAUGUAUGAGUGUAUUACGUAUAAUUUAUGUAUAACAUAUAUAUUCCUAAAUCUAACCUUGUCUGUCUGUCUUAUACUACUUGUGUAUAUGUUUCCAAUGCUGACCAUUUGGCUUUGGAUAACUCGUUGGUAUUCUCUCCCUGAGGGAGGCUCCUGCUGCCAGCAUUGUCAGUUGCCUGUAGUACACUCCAUAGGGAUUGAGGCCUUGUGGACUUUUCCCCAUCCACUUUGGCAUGUCCAUUGCUGUUGUGCUUGUUCAGCUCUUGUUUGAGCAGUCAUGAUUUUGAAAUUUUAUGGAUAUAGCUCCUAGCAUUACUAGGUGAAACAAUCUCACAGCAAACUCCUUGAUCCUCUGCCUCUUGAAUAUUAAUAGCCCAUCUUCAAAAAUAUUCCUUGAGCCUUAGGUGCAUGAGUGUUUUGUAGAUAUAUCCAUCAUAUGUGGGCUCAACAACUCUACAUUUUGCAGUUGUAGAUUUUUUUGUAGUGGUCUCUCUGUUGGAAGGAAAAUUUCCUUACUGAGGGAAGAAAACUAUAUUUAUUUGUGGAUAUGAGAAAAAAUAUUUAAAUUUUAUUAGGAACAAAUCUGAAUUAGUAAAUUGGUGGUGGUUGGUUCUCCUCCAAGAUUCGUAACUUCACCAGCAGUGAGAAGUUAGCUAGCUUUCCAGUACCAGUCAUAGUUUCCCUGUUGUUAUGAAUAUCUUAAGUCCAAUUAGAGAGCUGUUGGUUUUCACCAAGGUGAACUUGCCAUUACUGAACCUCUAGAGCUAUCCUGACACGGUGAUCAUCAAUGUGGUUCAUAGGCAUUAUAGCUGGGUAGAACUGUUCAUGAUAUUCUUCCUUUAGAGCUUUACAUGCUUCUUCUGGUAUCACACAAGCUAAUUCUCUGAGAGGAGUUUGGUGUAUUUUGAGAUAGGGUCUGUCUGUAUUACUAGCUGGCCUAGAUUCCGUAUGUAGAUCAGGCUGGCCUUGAACAUAGACUUGCCCUGUUUCUACCUCAUGAGUUCUAGGUUUGAAGGCUUGCAUGACCUUGCCCAAUGAAGCGUAACUGUUUCUGAUUACUUUGUUUGUUGGUAUGUUUGUUUGAAGAGACAGGGUCUAACCUUGACUGACUUUGAACUCACAGGAUCUGACUGCCUGUCUUCUGAGUCCUUGGGAUUAAAGGCUUUCACAACCACUGCCAAGAUUUAAUGUCUUGACAAUUCCAGAAAGUAAGGGCACAACCCACUUGAUAGAAAUGAGUUAACAAGUAGAUCUUAUUUCUACUCACAUUAAAUACUUCUAUUGCAUAAAAUCACUAACUUGAAAUAGAUGAAGUUCCAGGUGCAUAUAAGACACCAAAUGUAAAUAACAUGAAAUAAAUAAUAUAAACAAGAUGAUAAGUAGUCUUACACGUGUUCUCGCGACCGGCCAGGAAAGACGCAACAAACCGGAAUCUUCUGUGGCAAAAGCUUUAUUGCUUACAUCUUCAGGAGCAAGAGAGAGAAUGGCGAAACCCAGUCCCUUUUAAGGAGAAUUAUCCUCCGCCUAGGACGUGUCACUCCCUGAUUGGCUGCAGCCCAUCGGCCGAGUUGUCGUCACGGGGAAGGCAGAGCACAUGGAGUGGAGAACUACCCUUGGCACAUGCGCAGAUUAUUUGUUUACCACUUAGAACACAGGAUGUCAGCGCCAUCUUGUAACGGCGAAUGUGAGGGCGGCUCCCCACAAAGUAGCAAUGUGACUUAAGCAAUUAUAAAAUGUAACCCUGAAAUUAACCCCACAAUUAGAUCGACAGGAUUCUAUCAGAACUGCAAAGAAGAGCUAACCGCAAAGCUACUUAACAUUUAAUACUUCUUGAAACACACACAAAAAACAAGACUUCCUUACUCUAACUAUUCCUUUACAUUUAACUAAAUAAUGAUCAUGGUAUGGUGGAAUGUCUCCCUCAUGGACAAACACACCAAUUAAUUAUCAAACAAAAAUCCCACCAGAUACUGGUACAACAACAAAAAUUCCACACUCAUGUGGUCUUUUCAAAGAAACUUGAGCUGGGCAUGGUAGCACAUACCAUUAAACACAGGAUUACACAGAAAACCUUGUCUACAUUCAAUAAAUGAAUGAAUGAGCCCCCAUUUCUAUUAUUAGCUGUUUCAUACUCAUAUGAAUAUAUACACAGAAUGUGUGUGUGCAUAUGGGCAUAUCUAAUACUGCCCACUCUCACCUCCUACCUCUCCACUAUCCUGGUCCACAAUUCCAACAGUCACUCUACUGUGUUCAUCUCUAUUCAUAUUGCUUGUGAUCCACUGAGAUGAACCAGAGCCAUUUGUGAGACUGGGUUUGGAGCUAUGUAUUGGAACCUGAUGUGCUCAGCACAGGAUGACAACUAAAGACAGUGAGUGACUCUUCUACAAUCUAUCCAUAGCCAAUGUUUGAGAGGUAAGGGGAGCUGUUGUUCCCUUUCCUAGACUGACUGUGGUCUUGUGUGAGGCCAGUGCAGGUAAAGACAGCUGCUAUUGGUUACUGAUUACAAUACUUGUAUGGAGUCUAGAGAAUGGUGUGUCUUAACCUUUCCCUUAUUUUCUAACCACCUCUUCUUCCUUGUUCCCAGAGCUAGAGAUGGGGUGGUGUAGCUGACGUUUUUAGGCCUGGGAACACAUACUUCACUUAUUUUCUGCAUCUGCGACAGCCAAGAGGCUGCAUUCACCACUCCAUUUAAAAAAAAAAAGGAAAACAGAACGUUCUCUUUUUUUCCUCUCAAAGCAUCGCUGUCACAGAAGACUUAAAUGACAAGACCGCCAUCUAUUGGGGAAAUCAGUACAGCGCGGGAUUAAUUCACCCCUAGGCUGUUGCAAAGGCCUUACCACUUACUUCUUUUCAAAAUCCAAGUUCUUUAAAUAUCUCUCCCCAAGUUCAUAUUUCAGUAUUUUGUUUUGGCUUUUUAAUGUUUGUGUGUUGGGGAUGGGACUCUCGCUUCUGAAUUUAGUCUAUUAUUGUUUGGUAUGAAAUAUAUAAGCCAGAGGUUGGUAGUCCAGUGGAGACGUUAGGCUGUUUGUCUUUUUUAUAAUUCACCUUACCCAAAUCAGUUCCCCAGUCCCUCGCAGCUUUUCCCCUCCCCGCACCCAUUCUCCUCUGAGAAGAGGGAUUCCCACCACACCUGUAUUCACUAGCGCCCCCCAGCCCCUCCCGCCCAGCACAUAAUCACUGCAGGACUAAGCAUAUCCUCUCUGACUAAGGUCAGACAAGGCGACUGGGUUAGGGGAAGGAAUCCACAGGCAUUCAACUAAUUCAGGGACAGCUCUUGCUCCAGUUUUGGUGGUGGUGGGGCGGGGGUGGGAGCUGUCGUUUAUCUAAAGGGUUUAGAACCCCGAGUGGGGCUCAGAUACCGGGUGGAGCGUCCUUCCAAAAACACUUGUGGUCGGCGCUCUCACAAGAGUGUGUGGAGGCUGUGCAGAGCCGGAGCAGCCUGAAAGCUGGAGCUGUGUGAAAGGCAGCCUGAGACAAAGUGGGAAGGACUGGUCUCUGAUGGGGCGCAGAUGCUCACCCGGAAACAUAUUUGGAGAUCGGAGAUCCGGAAGCACAUUGGGAGGAUUUUCGACUUAAUGGAGAUGUGUAGGGGAACUGUGUAGAGUGUGAGGAAUUAGGAGAAACACGUGGGUGGAAGCUGGGACGCUAAAUUACUGAAGUUUGAGAAGUUUUACCUAGAGCCAAAGCCAGAAGUCGCUUCGACAGGUUUCCCCCGUGCACGCGGUCCUGCACCGUGGGUAAUCGCGUGGUGCAGAUCUGGGGUCGAAAGAUACGGUGGACUUGGGGGAAACUAAAAUUCCUGGCUGCCGCGGGUGCCGCGGGUGCCGCGGGGCAUCCUGGGAGAGUCAGUCAGCAAUCAGCAGCGCAGCUGGAACUGCAGCCAGGCUACCAGAGCUGCUGGGCUAGGAAACAGGAAGGAGCAGUUUCUUUUCUGUUCCUGAGGAAGCUGGCUCUGAAAUUCUGCGGUGGAUGUCUUCCCUUGUGGAUACAUUUUAGCUCAUAUAAAGUGGAGUAAUCCUGGUUUUUGUUUGUUUGCUUGUUUUUUGUUUUGAUCUUCUGAUUACCAAAAUAUUCUUAUUAGAAUAUUCUAAGAGAAUAUCAGUUCUCUUUGUUGAGGUGAAACGGACCAAGCUCUUGGAAUUUACACUCAUCCACGCUAACUCCCAGGGGCAGCAAGUUCAUUGUUCCUGAAGAAGAAACUCAAAGAAGAGAAA